AUGAGUUCGGAUUUAGUCGCAUCGGCGAUUUAUUAUAAUGAAGUCUCUAAGAGAAAUCCAGAGCUUGUAAAACAAAUUUUCAAUGAAGCUACUCGUAAAAAACUUGACGAAUUUGUGAGUAAUUUAUUAUUUUUCAAAUCCAAUUGUGUUCGUUUUUAGCUGAAAGAUAAAGAAGCUCCAAAACUUGAAGAUAUUGCAACAGUCUCAUCAUUCAAAAGAAAACGGGUCAAUUCAACAUCUGCUGCAGAACCACCUUCGAAAAAAGGAGCGAAAAAAGCAUCUUCAAGCUCAUCGGAUUCUUCUGAUGAUGGAACAGUUAAAGUGAAUGGAGCUCAAAAGCCAGUCAAUGUGAGUAAAAGAAAAGUGUUCAGAAAUGAAUUAAAUAAAAUUAUUUUUAAAGAAUCAAGUCACUAAGAAGCUCACGAAGAAGGAAUCCAGUAGCGAUUCAUCAGACAGUGAGCCUAAGAAAAAACUGACACCAGCUUCGAAACCUCCACAAACUCCUGCACAGAAAAAAGCAGCUAGCAGUGAAUCAGACAGUGAAGAUGAAAAACCAGUUUCGAAGGUAAUUAUUUGCAAGAAAAAUUCAGAAAUCAAUCUACAAUUCAUUUCAGAAGCCUACAGCGAAAGUCACACCAGCAAAGAAGGCCGAAUCUAGUUCCGACUCGUCAGAAGAUGAAGCUCCAAAAAAACCAACUCCAUCUGUGAAAGCAACUCCAAAAGCUACCCCAGCAAAAAAAGCUGAAUCGAGUUCGGAUUCUUCGGAGGACGAGGCUCCCAAAAAAACCACUUCAGUUGCUAAACCAACACCAAAGGCAACACCAGCUAAGAAGGCCGAGUCCAGCUCUUCGGAUUCGUCGGAUGAUGAGAAGAAACCAGCUUCAAAGAAAACACCAGUUGCUGCUGCCAAACCAACUCCAAAAGCUACACCAGCCAAAAAAGCUGAAUCGAGUUCGGAUUCUUCUGAAGACGAGGCACCAAAGAAAGCUACACCAGUUGCUGCUAAACCAACUCCAAAGGCCACUCCAGCUAAAAAGGCUGAAUCAAGCUCUGAUUCUUCAGAUGAUGAGAAAAAACCAGCCCCAAAGAAAACACCAAUCGCUAUUGCGAAGCCGACCCCAGCCAAAAAAGCCGAUUCGAGCUCUUCGGAUUCCUCUGAAGAUGAGAAAAAACCAGCUGCGAAGAAAACACCAGUUGCUGCUGCCAAAUCAACACCAAAGGCUACACCAGCCAAAAAAGCAGAGUCAAGUUCGGACUCUUCUGAAGAUGAAGCUCCAAAGAAGGCUACCCCAGCUGCCAAACCAACUCCUAAAGCUACCCCAGCAAAAAAAGCUCAAUCGAGUUCGGAUUCCUCUGAAGAUGAAGCUCCAAAGAAACAAACUCCAGUUGUGAAAGUUACUCCAAAAGCAACUCCAGCCAAAAAAGCUGAAUCGAGUUCUGAUUCGUCUGAAGAUGAGGCCCCAAAGAAGGCAACACCAUCUGCUAAAGCAACACCAAAGGCAACACCAGCUAAGAAGGCCGAGUCCAGCUCUUCGGAUUCGUCGGAUGAUGAGAAGAAGCCAGCUCCAAAGAAAACACCAGUUGCUGCUGCCAAACCAACUCCAAAAGCUACACCAGCCAAAAAAGCUGAAUCGAGUUCGGAUUCUUCUGAAGACGAGGCACCAAAGAAAGCUACACCAGUUGCUGCUAAACCAACUCCAAAGGCCACUCCAGCUAAAAAAGCAGAAUCAAGCUCUUCGGAUUCAUCAGAUGAUGAGAAAAAACCAGCCCCAAAGAAAACGCCAAUCGCUAUUGCGAAGCCGACCCCAGCCAAAAAAGCCGAUUCGAGCUCUUCGGAUUCCUCUGAAGAUGAGAAGAAACCCGCUGCAAAGAAAACACCAGUUGCUGCUGCCAAGUCAACACCAAAGGCUACACCAGCCAAAAAAGCAGAGUCAAGUUCGGACUCUUCGGAAGAUGAAGCUCCAAAAAAGGCUGCUCCAGUUGCUAAAGCAACUCCUAAAGCUACCCCAGCAAAAAAGCUCAAUCGAGUUCGGAUUCCUCUGAAGAUGAAGCACCAGUUGUGAAGAAAACUCCAGUUGCUGCUGCCAAACCAACUCCAAAAGCAACUCCAGCCAAAAAAGCUGAAUCGAGUUCUGAUUCGUCUGAAGAUGAGGCCCCAAAGAAGGCAACACCAUCUGCUAAAGCAACACCAAAAGCAACACCAGUCAAGAAGGCAGAAUCCAGCUCAUCUGAUUCGUCAGAUGAUGAGAAGAAGCCAGCUCCAAAGAAAACACCAGUUGCUGCUGCUAAACCAACUCCAAAAGCUACUCCAGCAAAAAAGGUUAGCGUAGUUUUUUCUAAUUCAUGAAAUAAUUUAAUAUUUUCAGGACGAUACAAGUGAUUCAGACAGCGAUAGCGCCAAAGGCCACUCCAGCUAAAAAAGCCAGAAUCAAAGGUUAGUUAGAAUUAUUUUUUCAAUGAUAUGGUUAUGCAGUUCAACCAGCCUCAAAGAAAACGCCAAUCGCUAUUGCUAAGCCGACCCCAGCCAAAAAAGCCGAGUCUAGCUCUUCGGAUUCCUCUGAAGAUGAGAAGAAACCUGUAGCGAAAAAGGCUACACCAGUUGCUGCUGCCAAGUCAACACCAAAGGCUACACCAGCCAAAAAAGCAGAUUCAAGUUCGGACUCUUCUGAAGAUGAGCCAGCUCCAAAGAAACAAACUCCAGCUGCCAAACCAACUCCUAAAGCAACACCAGCCAAAAAAGCUGAUUCGAGUUCGGAUUCAUCAGAUGAUGAGAAGAAACCAGUUGUGAAGAAAACUCCAAUCAUCAAAGCCAAACCACUAGCAACAUCGACUGAAAAGGUUUAUUUUUCAAUGAUUUUUUCUUCAAUUAAUUAUUUUUAUUUUCAGAAGUUUGCAACACAAGAAGAACAACCACAAAGAGGAAAAAGAAAGUCCUCACCGUUCAGACGAGUUCAAAUCACAAAAGAUUCGGUUGCAGAGAAAUUCCGUAAUAAUCAACAUGAUUCGGUAAGACUAACACUAUUUGGUGGCUAGUGAAAAUAAAUAAAUCAGGCAAAAUUGGCGUAGUUUUUUCUAAUUCAUGAAAUAAUUCACGUUUCAGGACGAUACAAGUUGAUUCAGACAGCGAUAGCGACGAAGAACCAGCAAAAAAGCCUGUUGCAAAGGUUAGUUAGAAUUAUUUUUUCAAUGAUAUGGUUAUGCAGUUCAACCCUUACAGGCAACACCAACAUCAAAACCAACACCAGCUAAAAAGGCCGCAUCAAGUUCUUCGGAUUCAGACGAUGAAAAACCUGUAGCGAAAAAGGCUACACCAGCUGCGAAGCAAACACCAAAAGCAACUCCAGCUAAGAAAGCCGAAUCAAGUUCCGAUUCUUCUGAUGAUGAGCCAGCUCCAAAGAAAGCCGCCGUAACUCCAAAAUUUCCCGAACCAGAAACUGAUGACUCAGCUGAGACAGAAGAGAGUUCUUCAAUUCCUAAAUGCGAAAAAGCUAAACCAUUAGCAACAUCGAAAAAAAGGUUUAUUUUGUUUUUGGAAUUAAUUAUUUUUGGUUUUCAGAAGUUUGUCGGAACACGAAAACAGCAGAUUCAGACUGACAACCACAAAGAGGAAAAAGAAAGUCCUCAGUUUUCUGGGAGUUCAAAUCACAAAAGAUUCGGUUGCAGAAGAAAUUCCGUAA